UGAGAGGCUGGCUGAAGAGCUGGAGCAGAAGGACCGCCGAAAAUGAGAGGCUGGCUGAAGAGCUGGAGAAGAAGGCCGACGAAAAUGAGAGGCUGGCUGAAGAGCUGGAGAAGAAGGCCGACGAAAAUGAGCGACUGGCAAACAUUAAUAAAGGUUUGGUUGAAGAGUUAGAUCGGGGCUUGUUGGAGAAGGAAAGAGUUGUAUCUGAUAUGAAAUCAAGGGAGUUGGUGAUUGACGGAUUGAAGUCGAAAUCUUGUGAGUUGGAGGAGGCUCUCGAAAGUUUAUCUGCUGAAAGGGAUCAUGCGGUCGAAGUACUGGAGAAGGAAUUGACUGAUAUUUUGGUUCAGCUAAAGGGUGUAGAUGGAGUUAAUACCGCGUUGAAUUUUCUGUUGGCGGACAAGGAGAAGGAACUUGUGUUUUUGAGGGCGCACUGUGAGUUGUGGACAGAUUCAACCGAGGUGAAGGAGAAGGUGAUUACGCGGCAUGUAAAGGUUCUAGAUGGUGACGGAUGGGAAAAGUUAUUGCUUGAGAGGUCUGAAGCACUUAUGGCGGCCUUUGUUAUUGAUGCUGGUAAUGCGUGUCAUGUGCCUGGGGACCAGAUUUCAGAGGUCUCGUUCUUUACUGAACGCUAG